AUGUGGAAUAUUCACUUGAGGAACAGUACGCCUGAACUGCGUCGAAAAGUGUCCGCAUGGAAUGCGGAACGUAUGCGACGUGACAAGAUGGAGCAUUGCAUGCAGAUGUACGAAUGGAAUAUGGAGAAUCUGGAGCUCUAUCGUGAUUUGGAACGAAGCAGCGGUUGUGAGGCCAACCGUCAACUGCGUACCGUACGAGAGGCAUGUCAGGAUCGUCCGUCAAACACCCGAAAAUCCGUGUCCUAUCGUCAAAGAAAGAAUCACAAAAAACACAAAGCACAUUUCGACGACAGCUCAACAACCACUCCGACCACUCAAAGUUUUCCAGGCGUUAGCCUGUCCAUAUCGAACAAUCAGAGCAAGACGUUGGCACUAUCAAUAGCCUUUAAUUUAGCACUUCUUUUGGUUCUCUCUACAGUCAUUCUUUAUGUGACCAUCAGCCACCUGACUCGUCAACGUUCUGCUCAGCACCCGUCUGAAACACAACCUCUCAAAGGAAAAGCUUUAUAG